AUGGCCAAUAUCGAGGUCAAUAAGACCGCCCACCCGUUCGACAAGGCGCGGCUGGAAGCGCUGCUCAACCGCCGAUUCUUCUACGCGCCUGCUUUCGAGAUUUAUGGCGGUGUCGCGGGUCUGUAUGAUUAUGGCCCCCCCGGUUCGUCGCUGCAGAGCAAUAUCAUUGCAGAAUGGCGGAGACACUUCAUAAUCGAGGAACACAUGCUCGAGCUCGAUACCACCAUCAUGACCCCCGCUCCAGUUUUCGAGACGUCCGGCCAUGUUGCACGUUUCGCCGACUGGAUGGUGAAAGAUCUGAAGACCGGCGAGGUUCUUCGCGCGGACCACCUCGUCAAAAAUGUUCUCAGUGAUCGCCUCCUCGGAGACCAGGAAGCUCGCGGGUUGGCUGCGCAGCCUAUGAAGGAAGACGACAAAAAGAAAAAGAAGAAGAAGGAAAAGGCGCAACCCAACGUGGUGCAGCUUCCCGACGUGGUCGUCGCGGAAUACGAGCACAUUCUGGCGCAGUUGGACAAUUACUCUGGUCCUGAGCUGGGGGAGCUCUGCCAGAAGCACAAAAUCACCAAUCCAGAUUCGGGCAACGAGGUGUCAGAACCGCAGCUAUUCAAUCUGAUGUUCGCGAGCAGCAUCGGCCCCACUGGGCAGCACCCUGGGUAUCUUCGGCCAGAAACAGCGCAGGGGCACUUUCUGAACUUCUCGCGGCUGCUCGAGUUCAACAACGGGCGGGUGCCAUUCGCGUCUGCUCAAAUUGGGCGGGCGUUCCGGAACGAAAUAUCGCCACGCGCGGGGCUGCUGCGCGUGCGCGAAUUUACGAUGGCGGAGAUCGAGCACUACGUCGACCCCGAGGACAAGCGGCAUGCGCGGUUCGCAGACGUGCGGGACAUCGUCCUCGGUCUGCUGGACCGGCACGUGCAAACCGCCGGGAGCACGCAGGUCACGCCGAUGCGCGUGGGCGAGGCGGUGGACAAGGGAAUCAUUGCGAACGAGACGUUGGGCUACUUCCUCGCGCGAAUCUGGCUGUUCCUCACGAAGAUCGGCAUCAACCCCAGAAGGCUGCGCUUCCGUCAGCACAUGGCGAAUGAGAUGGCCCACUACGCGACGGAUUGCUGGGAUGCUGAGAUCGAAAACUCCACCGGGUGGACGGAGUGCGUGGGGUGCGCCGACCGCGCGGCGUACGACCUGUCCGUGCAUUCUCAGAGAACCGGCCACCCGCUCGUCGUGCGACAGGCGUUGAAGGAACCGGUUGUCACGGAGAGAUUGGUUGCUGAAUUCAACAAGAAAAACUUGGGAAAGCAGCAUGGCAAGGACUCGGUGGUGAUCCAGACCGCUGUUGAAAACCUGGAUGAGGUCAUGUUGGAGAGACUGAAGGACGAGUUGACGCAGGGGCCUAGUACCAUCACGUCUUCUGACGGCAGGGAAUUCAAGCUGACUUCUGACCUUCUGACCAUCGAACGGAAGACAUUCAAGCAAUCAGUCCGCGAAUUUAUUCCCAACGUCAUCGAGCCUUCCUUCGGUCUCGGUCGCAUUCUAUACACACUGCUAGAGCACAGUUUUUGGAGUCGGGAACAAGAUGUCGAGCGUGGGGUGCUCUCCCUGCCCACUGUCGUGGCUCCCACCAAGGUUUUGAUUGUCCCAUUGAGCGCAAAGGAAGAGUUCGAUCCGCUUGUUCAGGAAGUCUCCACGAAGUUGCGCAAGGCGGGUGUGUUCUCUCGUGUGGAUGACUCGAAUACAUCAAUUGGAAAACGUUAUGCCCGUAACGACGAGCUGGGCACACCCUUUGGCCUGACGCUCGACUUCGCCUCUGUGCAAAACCGUACGAUGACUCUCCGCGAACGUGAUACGACCGGACAGCUCAUUGGUCCCAUCGACGAGGUUAUAGCCACGGUGACCGAGCUCGUUCAAGGCAGCAUCGACUGGGCGGAGGCCUGCCGGAGAUUACCAGCUUACGAUGGCGUGCAGGCUGUCGAUUGA